UUCAGUUUACGUGACGCACGAGUAGGGGCGUGUCAUUGGCGAAAUCAGCUGUAGAAACAAUAACACACCAACGAACGCCCCUAAAUGAGAGCUUACCUAUAAAUGUCAGUAAUUUCAGGAAAAAGAGGUAUCGUUGAGAGAGCGAGGGAUAGAUGUAGCACACUUAACGGUUGAGGUUCUUCACUGCAUUCUGAAAACUUGUUUCAGGGAUCUCUUUCAGCUCUGCAGGGAAGGCGAGUGUGAAGAUGCUGCCUUUGUGUCAGCCGUGACACGCCAGCGAGUUGAACACAAAGCAGUCGAGAGUUUUCCAGAGACGUCUCAGUCAUUUAACGGUUUUAUUUGAUCUCCUGCACCCGGUUUAACGGGAGCCAGGAGGGAACCACGCGCGGACUGGCAUGUGGGUCAAUUCUGGAAGCGUCGGAAGGGCCCUCUCCAUGGAUAUAGACACAGAUUAUGAGCGACCUAAUGUGGAGACCAUAAAGUGUGUGGUGGUGGGUGAUAACGCGGUGGGCAAGACCCGACUGAUCUGUGCCCGUGCCUGCAAUGCCACCCUUACUCAGUACCAGCUGCUUGCCACCCACGUGCCAACUGUCUGGGCCAUCGACCAGUACCGUGUGUGCCAGGAGGUGCUGGAGAGGUCACGAGACGUGGUGGAUGAGGUCAGUGUGUCCCUCAGGUUGUGGGACACAUUUGGAGAUCAUCACAAAGACAGGCGCUUCGCUUAUGGCAGAUCAGAUGUGGUAGUGCUGUGCUUCUCUUUGGCCAAUCCGAACUCCCUGCGCCAUGUUCGCACCAUGUGGUUCCCUGAGAUUAAGCACUUCUGCCCCCGCACCCCGAUCAUCCUGGUGGGCUGCCAGCUGGACCUGCGCUAUGCUGAUCUGGACGCUGUUAACAGGGCUCGCCGGCCUCUGGCCAAACCCAUCAAACCCACAGACAUUCUUCCCCCAGAACGAGGUCAUGAGGUCGCUAAGGAACUUGGCAUUCCAUACUAUGAAACAAGCAUCGUCGCUCAGUUCGGUGUAAAGGAUGUGUUUGACAAUGCUAUCCGUGCUGCGCUCAUCUCUCGACGCCACCUUCAGUUCUGGAAGUCCCAUCUAAAGAAGGUUCAGCGUCCCCUCCUCCAGGCCCCCUUUCUUCCUCCCAGACCACCACGACCUGUGGUGGGCAUCCCUGAUCCUCCUCCCAUUGAUGGAGAAGGUCCGGACUCUCUUUUCUGCCAACCGUUGUGUGCAGACGUCCUGUUCCUCCUCCAAGCCGGGGCCACUCGUGUCUUUGCCCAUAAGGUGUACCUGGCCACUUCCUGCUCAAAAUUCUAUGACCUUUUCACUAUGGAUCUUGGAGUGGCAGGGAUGGAGCAGGAGGGUGAGGAGAGCUCAGAGGGGAGCGAGGAAGAGGAACAAAGCCGAAGAGGAGCCAAAGAGCAGGCUGGGCGUACCAAGAGCCUGGACAUUGAUAAGGAGGGUGAAGGAGGCACUAGGGGUUCAAAUAGGCUGCUCAUGUUGCAGCAAGGCUCACUGAGGACUUCACAGAGCGAUAACGCUCUGCCUGCCAGGGGCCAGCGCUCUAUAGGACCCCUGGGAGCAGGCCGUGCUCUUUUGGGAUGGGGGCGUGGUUUCUUGGGGGUAUACCUGGAGAUGGUAGAUGAUCCUGUGACAGGUCGGCCGAGACUCAUGACAGUAGUGUCAAUGGAUGAUCUCAUUCAGAAAGGACCUUUCCAGGCAGUGCUGCAGUACCUUUAUACGGGUCACUUGGAUGAGACACGUGGGGAUCUGAUGCAGGUGGCCACCAUCGCUGAGCUUCUGGAGGUCUUUGACCUGCGAAUGAUGGUGGCCAAUGUCCUGAACCGUGAGAGCUUCAUGAACCAAGAGAUCACCAAAGCCUUCCAUGUGCGUCGUGCCAACCGCAUUAAAGAGUGCCUUUGCAAGGGCACCUUUGCUGAUGUGGUGUUUCGAUUGGACGACGGAUAUCUGCCAGCCCACAAGCCACUGCUCAUCUCAAGCUGUGAUUGGAUGGCAGCCAUGUUUCGUGGAUCCUUCAUGGAGAGUUACAUUGAGGAGGUCUCUAUCCCCAACACCAGUUGUGCCUGCAUGAGAGCCGUUCUGGAGUUUCUGUACUGUGGUGUGUUAACACCAUGUCAUGAACUGGAGCCAAUCGACCUUAUAAUACUAGCCAACCGCCUCUGUCUUCCCCGCCUUGUAGCUCUAACAGAACAACAUGCCGUUGAGGAGCUGUUGCAGUUGUCCGUUAAAGGGUUGGACAUUGAUGGCCAUGUGCUGGCCUAUCUGGAGAUGGCUCAGUUCCACAAUUCCAAACAGCUCUCUGCCUGGUGUCUGCAUCACAUCUGCACCAACUACAAUAGCGUUUGUCGAAAAUUCCCUAAAGAUAUGAAGACUAUGUCUCCUGAAAACCAGAAACACUUUGAGAAGCAUCGCUGGCCCCCUGUCUGGUUCCUGAAGGAGGAAGACCGCUACCUCCGUUCUCAAAAAGAGCGAGAGCGCGAGGAGGAGAUCUUACGCAAGCAGCACACUAAACGGGGCUGGUGCUUCUGGAGACAUCCAUCCUCCUCAGCACCCCACAUUUCCUGAGGGUCUGCCUCCAUCCAUCCAUUCAAACCCCCUGUACCCCUCUCCCUCAUCUCAGUCCAGAGGCAUGUAGCCAAGCCUGGGGAUCCCUGUUCCUGUGCAUCCAUCCCGACUGCUGGAAGCGAGUCCGGGUUUUCUUUGCCUCUGAGCUUUAACCUUCCCUCCCCGCCUCGGGCUUUAGCGGGCUGCCCGCCAUGAGAGCUCAAAGCGUAUGUGUCAUUAAAUGGGAGACAGCCCAGAGGAAGUCUCAAAUCUUUCUCACUCUCGAUGUUACAUGUUCUACUGUGCGAAUGCGACAGGUCUCGCCGCAACAUCACAUAGGGAAUGCCAUCAUUGCAGUGACCUGCUUUCGCCUCUUAAGACUGUUAUUAUUAUACAAGACCACACACACACUCACACCAGCACCCUGUCUGAGCGCUGGCGCCCAGGCACACGGAUGCUGCAUGGUGCUGCUGUGUUGAGCUUUUCUCUGUGAGACCUAUUUCUGGGAAAACCGUCAUGUUCAAUGCCUACAAGCUGAAACAUAGCUUAGCUUUGAAUACAACUAGCAACUAAAAUGGCGGCAGGGAUAUGGAUAUAUAUAUAUAUAUAUAUAUAUAUAUAUAUAUAUAUAUAUUUAAAGAGAAAUUUUUAAAUAAAGGGGUUAUUGCCCUUGCCUACAUUCUCACUAAAAACAAUUCUCCAUUUUGGAUCUUCCAUUGCCCCAUAUUGGCUCUGAAUACCAAUUGUGUUGCCUACUGAAGAACUGUUUUUCAGAUUGCUUGUCCUGUUACUAAAUUUUGCUCAUGUGGUAGAACAGAAGGGGUGUGUAGUUCAGGUCUGUCACUCACUAAAAAAACUCCAGGCCAGCACCAAAGACAGACAUACACACGGACAACUCAUUCAAACACAAACGCCUUACCAAAAUCUGCAGAAACAAAAACUUGACAGCAAGUAAACUACAAAAUUAGGGCUAUUUUUACCACUGCCAGGAGAGUAUUAACAGUCACAGCUGUUAUAUGACGUUCUGUAGAUUGAGCUUUGUGAUAUGACCACUAGCAAGCUCCUCGACUUGCUUGCCUUUCACCUCCACCACUGGGGGGGCGCCCAUGCCUUCUGAGUUUACCCUGCUUUCGAAAGUAUUAGCUACUCAUUUGUUUGUCAAUCCUGUUUCGCAUCUACACUCGUUUUUGUAGCACUACUUCAAUCUUAGCUAUUGGCGAACCAAAACGUAGGUUGCAAUGUUUCGUAUUCCUUCGCCGCUCCCCUCUGUUACUCUGCUCCUCUACCUCUGCAGUUAGCCAAACUGAGGGAGAAACUAUCGAUCCACUUCCUGUAGUGUUUGAUACGUUGCAAUGUGACGCUUCACUUUGCACUUUACAUACGCAGAUAAAAUCGGUGCUCAGGAUUAACCUGCUAAAUGUCACAGCGUUCAACCAUUCACCCAUUAUAUCUUUAAGGGGCGGUUACACUAGACUUUGAGCAACAGUCGUGAUGUGAUGUCACGCUAUGUGGUGUCUUUUUAAAAAAUCAUUUCUGCAGUGCUGCGAAAUUGCAAAUGUAAAGUUCGUGUUUGUUUAAUUCCACUAAGCUGUCAAGCCAUGACGUAAUAGUCUUCUAUUGGUCACACAUCUAAACAUGAUACAAAUUUGCAGGUCAAAGACCCGGAACAUUGUGAUUCUGGUAUCCAGCAUUUGCAUGAGUAUGAAUGGAAGGAAAAGUGUAGUGUGACUGCCCCUUUACACAAGUUUUGACAAUCUUAAUAACAGAAUAUCCCAACAUAAGCUGCAAAUCAAAAGUCUAUCCUUCUUUUUUGAUUGAAAAGCUUUCGAUUUCGAGUUUUGUGGUUAAACUGACAGUGGUAUGCUAACAGCUGCUCUCGGUUUGGUUCCUCUUUCAGACGUGCAUGCGCUGUGAAGAGUCUGUUUCGACUGCCUUCCAUCUGAAAACAUGAGUGCCUAUGACCAUUGUUACACUUUCCCUUCUACAUUCAAGUAUUUCUCGGUGAAGCAUGUUUGUUUUGCCUGUUUCGUGCCUUUUAACAAAAGUGUUUUUAAUAACUACUUUCGGUGGGAGGUGAGUGAGAAAUGAGAGACAUUUUAAGUUUUCCAUGCCACCCUUUUUCUAUUUCUGGCUUUCUGAUUUCGCUUCCUCAAGGCUGCACCCUGCUUUUCGCACCAGACGAGACGAAAUCAUCAACAGCUACAAAAAUAGACACACAGAGCCCAUGUGCUCAGACAGGCCGAUCUGCACACGAAAAAUAAUAAAUAAAUCACAAAAAAAGAGGGAACAGGAGAGCAGAUGCUGUAUGGCUGUAUGCUACCAUCUUCACCCAUAGGGGCACUUUUGUAGGUUCAUCCCAUUAAGAUGCUUUAUUUAUAGGGGCAGAAAAGUAAAUGAAUGUUUAUAGAUGCCACACUAUGCCUAAAGGCUUAAUAAUUAGUAAAGUAACGAAUGUAAGACCUUACUGUGUAUUUGCAGACUGGCUCUGCGAUCAAUUAUGUACUUAAUCGCAGCUCUCCUGUCUGCCCCUUAGAGUUAAAGAAUAACAAUUCGAGAACACUUCAAACAUCAGCAUGCUUGUUGGGAUGGAAAGCGUUGUUGGGCUUCUUAGCACUUUUUGUUCUUUGACUGUUUGCUUUUGCACUUUUAUUUUAGAGUUGGUCUGCCUUUGAUGUGCAUGGCAUUGACUGUUUCUAAACAUUUUGUAGCAUGGAAUGGUUUCUUCCAUUAAAACGGUGCUCAUUAUGGCCCUACGUAUUUUGUGCUUACGUAAAAAAAAAACAAAAAAAAAAUCCCUCAUACUUACUGUAUGACUUUUAUGUCGGUUGCUCAAAGUCUUUGUACCUUGUGCUUUAAUCGAAUAUGCCUUCAUUAACUUCAAGGACAUGUGAUUUGUUUUUUCUGUUGAAAUUAGGUGGUUUAGUAGAUUUCAUAUAAACAGUAUUAGAAAGGUCUAUUAGCCCUUAAAAGGAUUGUUCACCCCAAAUGCAAAUUCUGUCAUUUGCUCACCCUCAUGUUCUUUCAACAUGUUUUAUAUGAAUUUAUUUCUUCUGAAGAACACAAAAGAAGUGUGUGGCAUCCAUGAAGUCAAUGGCAUCCAACUCAACUUUAUUGUAUGGACAAAAACAUUCUUCAAAUCAUUUUUAUGUUCCACAGAAAAAAAGGUCAUGCGUGAGGGUGAGUAAACGACGACAGAAUGUUCAUAUUUGGGUGAACAAUCACUUUAAAUUGAGAGAUUGAUUCAGACAGUGACUAAAAACAGGAAAGACAGUAUAACUGCUUGCUAAAUAUGCACUUUAGCUUCAAAUUUGAUACAAAUGAUAUUCUUUGUGGAUUUUCUUUCAAUUUAACAAACUGUAAAGUAUUUAUCGGUGCACGUUUACAGGUAAGAUGUGCAUGGGAAUGGUCUAAGCGCUAACGUGUAUGUAAUUAUGAUUAACAGUAGCUUUCAUUACUAAGGAAUUAUCAUGCACUUUCAUCAUGUUAUUGAAAAAAAUAAAUAAUAAAAAAAUCAGAGCACCUCAUUACAACUUUAAAAAAGUCCAUCCAAAACCCUUACAGAUACUUAAUGUUAUACUAAAUGUUUAUCAUGUUCAUUAUUAAUGACACAUUGUGGUUGUAGUUCUAUUUAUUUAAUAACAGUACAUUAGAAGUCCACUAGUUUAAGAAACGUGAGAGCACUUGAGAAUUGUGGUCUAUUGUUGUGUUACCGUGCCUUUAAUUGAAAAAAAAAAAAAAAAUCUUUCUGAAGAGAGUUCACUGCCUUUAGUUUUUAUCAAGGUAAUUGUAGUGCACUAACACAAACACACACACACACACACACACACACACACACACGACACCACAAACUUUAGCUGACAGCUAUCAGACCACUGUAUUGCUCCUUCUGCAUGCCUGUGGCCAGCAUGUAGCAAUACCUUCAGUUCUUUGAGUGAUGUGAAAUAUUUUCUGCUUCCCCCCCCCCCAACAUUUGAGAUGUUUUCAUCCCCAUUUUGUUAGUGCUGAGCUGAGUGGAAACCUGUGCUUGUUGUGAACGGUGAUUAUAAGCGUUUGGAUGAGAGUGAAUGUAAACACAUGCACAUUAACAGAGUCAGAGGCACACUUGCACCCUCUACAGUCAACUGAAGGUCAGGGGUUUUUUUUGUGUGUUUUUUUUUUUUCUUCUUUUUUUUUUACAUUUAACAAGGCUAAGGAUGAUAUAAAUUGGUGUAGGACAGGGGAGAUAUGUUACACAACAUUCUUUCUGGAAUAUGACUUUGAUUUAGGUGUUUUUUUUUUUUUUUUUUUUUUUGUAAAAUACUAAUUCCAGAAAGCUGUUAUUGUGGUGAUUUUUUAUUUUAUUUUUAUGAAAACACUCAACAUUUGUAAUAAACUGGAAAGGUUAACCACAUUUUACUGCUUUUAACAAUCUUAAAAUUAACAAUCUGACCUCAGGUCAUAGGCAGAGACCACUUCAAGCCCUUGUUAGUUUCUGUGUUUCAACAGAGGGGCUCUCCAACCAACUUCCUUUCUUUGCUUUGAAAUCCACCUUCAUCUUCAUGAAAGAAAAGGGCCGUAUUACAGAACAACAUCUGUCAAUUAUAGUGGAGCACUUGUAUGCCCUUUGGCAGACGCUGCCCCUCUUUCCACUUGUGGUGAGGUGUCCUUGCCAUUUUUUUGUCUUCUUGAGGUGAGGUAGGUGUCACUGACUGUUGACCCUACCCUUGACCUCUCUUCCUCUUUCAAAUCUGUGACUAUUUAAAGCUGUUUUGCACUUUGUGGUUUUCUUUUUAACUUAGUUUGAUUAUUGUUUCUGAUACCUGUUCUGUAAUUAUUGUUCUUGUUCUGAAUCAGAAAAAGCACACACACACCAUACACACUACUAAGGGCUUUUAAAAUACAAAAUCAGAAUGUUUUGCUGCUGUUGCAAAAAAAAAAAAAAAAAAAUUGAAUUAUUGAAUCGUUUGUAAUAUUUUUGAACAACUGUGAUUUGUACAAAAUGGAGCAAAAAAGGGGGUUGGAAAAAGGUUAUCUGUUUCAGUAUUUUAAUGUUUGCUUGGCUUUUAAUAAAACUUAACUGAACUCUUUGAACUCA